GUCAUGAAUCCUUCUAACCAAUCCCAGGAGCGCCGAUGUGUGACGUCCCGCUGGCCUACAGCCAAUGGCGAGCAGGGAGGCGUGACGUCACAGAGCCCGCUGGCCAAUCAGAGGUUGCGUGGAGCCAGCCAAGCUUCACCAGGGGUAAACAUCAUGGCGACCCACAUCCCCGGCAUUUUCGAGGAGAAUGUCUGCACCUCCAUCAAGUCGUGCAAGGUCCUGGUGGUGGGCGCCGGCGGCAUCGGCUGCGAGCUGCUCAAGGACCUGGUGCUGACGGGCUUUGAGCAGAUUGAAGUGAUUGAUCUCGAUACGAUUGACGUGAGCAACUUGAACCGUCAGUUUCUCUUCCAAAAGCAACAUGUUGGUCGCAGCAAGUCCGAGGUGGCAAAGGAAUCUGCUCUCCGCUUCAACCCCAAGGCCAACAUCACUGCCUACCACGACUCCAUCACCAAACCCACAUAUGGAGUGCCUUUUUACAAGAAGUUCACACUCGUGAUGAAUGCCCUCGACAACAGAGCAGCGCGGAACCACGUUAACCGCAUGUGUUUGGCUGCUGACAUUCCGUUGGUUGAGAGCGGCACAGCAGGGUAUCUGGGGCAAGUUACAGUUAUCAAGAAAGGCCUGACGGAAUGUUAUGAGUGCCAGCCCAAGCCGGCACAAAAGACCUUCCCCGGCUGCACCAUCAGGAACACUCCCUCGGAGCCCAUACACUGUAUUGUGUGGGCCAAGCAUCUUUUCAAUCAGCUGUUUGGGGAAGCCGACCCAGAUGAGGAUGUGUCGCCGGACUCGGCAGACCCUGAACAGGUUGGGGAUGCCGGCAAGUCGGCUCUUGAUGCCGAAGCGAACGACCACGGCAACGUAGAAAGAAUAUCCACACGAGGCUGGGCUAUAUCGCACAAUUAUGACUCUAAGAAAUUGUUUGGAAAACUUUUCAGCGAUGACAUCAGUUACUUGUUGUCCAUGGAUAAGCUCUGGGAGAAGCGACGACGACCGACGCCUCUAGAAUGGGAUAAAUUACCAGAUGAAAAUAUAAAGGAGGACGGAGCGGGCCUAAUCCAAGAUCAACGGCCAUGGACGCUCACUCAGUGUCGAGACACUUUUGAAGCGGCGGUGGCAAACCUACACAAAAGUCUGAAGGAUCUGCCCGAUGGUGGAGACCUCGUGUGGGAUAAGGACGACAAAGACUGCAUGGACUUUGUCACGGCCUGUGCAAACAUUCGUGCCCACAUAUUUGGAAUUUCACAGAAGACGAGGUUCGACAUAAAAUCCAUGGCAGGUAACAUCAUCCCAGCGAUUGCCACCACUAACGCUAUUAUUGCCGGACUCAUCGUGCUCGAGGCCCUCAAGAUCAUCCAGGGAAGCACCAGUGAGUGCAAAACGGUAUAUUUAAAUCGGAAACCCAAUCCACGGAAGCGGCUGCUGGUCCCGUGUGCACUUGACAAGCCGAAUCCCAAAUGUUACGUUUGCUCCGAGAAGCCCGAAGUGUCGGUGCGUCUCAAUAUUGAAAAGACUACUGUCAAGACUUUAGAAGAGAAAAUCUUGAAAUCGGCUCUAAAUAUGGUUGCUCCAGACGUGGAAAUAUGCGACGGGAAGGGCACCAUUCUUAUAUCCUCGGAAGAGGGGGAAACGGAAGGAAAUAACGACAAAAUGCUUAAGGAAUUCAGCGUCGUGGACGGGACUCGUCUUAACUGUGACGACUUCCUCCAGAACUACACCCUAACCAUCAACAUAAUUAACAGUGAGAAGCUUGAGGAAGGCGCAGAAUUUGAAGUGAUCGGUGACCCCGAUGAGCUUAAGAAGGCACAAGAUGAACAAUCAAAGAUGGAGGUGGAGGAAAGAGAAGCCGCUAGCAAUGGUCCAAAAACCGCUGCCGCUGCUGCGUCCUCUGCCACAGCGUCUGAUGACGAAAAUGAUCUGGUGUGCUUGGACGAUGAGGAGGCCGUGAAGAAGCGGAAGAUGGAAGAUGAUACUGCUCAGCAGCCUAGAAAAAAACUAAAGCCAGAGUCAAUAGAUGAUGAUGAUGUCAUCGUACUGUAAAAAAUAGAGCAGGCAUAAUGGCGGGGAAGAUGCACAAGUGUUCUAACACUUAACUCAUUCCAAAUUACGUGCCAGAAUGACAUUACCCAGAAAGUGGGGAAAGAGCAAUGUCACAUACCAAUGCAGUAUAAAACACUUAAUGUAGACUGCAGUGGGAGUUUGUGUUCUGGGUUAGUACCUCAAUGAUAGUUAAAGGAUAACAAAAAUCCGACAAAAGAUAGUGCAACAGCUGAAAACCAUUUUUGGGUGUAGGAAAAUGUUCAUUAGUUAUGUUGCCGUUUAAAUGUCUACUUCAUUUAUACAAAUUUCUAAAGAGUUACCAGCAUUUUAUAGUGUCCCAUUUUUUCUUCUACAAAUAUUUUUGUUACUUUGUAUUGUACACAAGAUAAAAUCAUUCAUUACAAAC